UAAAUGUGUUGAAUGAUUGAGCAGAAAGGGGCCCUGGGCUGGUGGUGCCAGUGUAGCUCAGGCCAGUUCUGCUGUUUGUUUGGUCUCAGCAGCCACGAGCUGGUUUGUGGACCAUUUCCAGGAUGACAUGCUUCUUGUUCUUCUCUUCCAGAGCAGUCCGCUGGUCCAGGCGAGCAACAUGUCAGUGCUUUUAGUCAUGUCCCUGACUCCAGCCCAGAUGCCAUGGAGGAGAUAAGGUAGCCUCCCGUCCCUGGAUCCGAUGGAGAAGCCCAGUUCAAUGGAUACAAAAUACAAGGAUGACUUAUUUCGGAAGUACGUGCAGUUCCAUGAGGGCAAAGUGGACGCCACCCCCAGCAAGCAGCGGCCUAGCGAUGAUGAGUACCUGCGGGUGGCGGCCUCGACCCUGCUCAGCUCACACAAGGUGGAUCCCUUUUAUCGAUUCCGGCUGAUCCAGUUCUAUGAGGUGGUGGAGAGCUCCCUGCGCUCGCUGAGCUCCUCCAGCCUGCGGGCUUUGCACUGCGCCUUCAGUGUGCUCGAAACGAUGGGCGUCAACCUCUUCCUCUACCCGUGGAAGAAGGAAUUCAGAAGCAUCAAGACCUACACGGGCCCCUUCGUUUAUUAUGUCAAGUCAGCAUUACUGGAAGAGGACGUCCAAACUAUCCUGAAUUACAUGGGCUACGUGCCCGAGCUGGGGACUGCGUACAAGCUCAGAGAGCUCGUGGAGACCCUCCAGGUGAAGAUGGUCUCCUUUGAACUCUUUCUGGCCAAGGUGGAGUGUGAGCAGAUGCUGGAAAUCCACUCACACGUCAAGGACAAGGGCUACUCUGAGCUGGACGUGGUGAGCGAGCGCAAGAGCAGCGCAGAGGAUGUGCGCAGCUGCUCGGAUGCCCUGCGGCGGCGGGCCGACGGCCGGGAGCACCUCACAGCCUCCAUGGCCCGUGUGGCACUCCAAAAGUCGGCCAGCGAGCGGGCGGCCAAGGACUACCACAAGCCCCGCGUGACCAAGCCCUCGAGGUCGGUGGACGCCUACGACAGCUACUGGGAGAGCCGGAAGCCGCCCCUGAAGGCCUCGUUGAGCCUGCGGAAGGAGCCGGUGGCAGCAGACUUGGGGGACGACCUCAAGGACGAGAUCAUCCGCCCGUCCCCCUCCCUCCUGGCCAUGUCCAGUUCCCCGCAUGGCAACCUGGAUGACCUUCCAUCCCCCUCCUCCAGCAAUGGCCUUGGCCUGCUGCGUGGCACGUACUUCUCCCCUCAGGAUGACGUGGAUCUGUACACAGACUCGGAACCUAGGACCACGUACCGGAGGCAGGAUGCCCUGCGGCCGGACGUGUGGCUGGUCAGAAAUGAUGCCCACCCCCUGUAUCACAAGCGCUCGCCCCCUGCCAAAGAGUCUGCCCUAUCCAAGUGCCAAAACUGUGGUCUGUCCUGCAGCUCCUCCCUCUGCCAGCGCUGUGACAGCCUGCUCGCCUGUCCCUCGGCCUCCAAGCCCAGCGCUUUCCCCAGCAAGGCGUCCGCCCAUGACAGCCUGGCCCACGGGUCUGCUCUGCGGGAGCGGUAUGCAGGCCAGACUCAGGGCCUCGACCGGCUGCCGCACCUCCACGCAAAAUCCAAGCCCUCCCCCACAGCCACCUCCCGCUGUGGCUUCUGUAACCGCCCAGGCGCCACCAACACUUGCACCCAGUGUUCAAAAGUCUCCUGCGACACCUGCCUCAGCGCCUACCAUUAUGAUCCCUGCUGCAAAAAGGGUGAGCUGCACAAGUUCCUGCCCAACAACCAGCUGAACUUCAAGUCCACCCAGCUCUCCCAUCUCGUGUACAGGUAGACUCGAGCGCGCGCCUCCCGCUACAAGGGCUACACCCCUGACCUGUGUGGUGUCAUGGGGAAGGCGUGUUCAGGCGGUGAUCUCAGAGGCAGAGGCCCGCACUCGGCCGUGGAGCUGCCAGGGCUCGUGGGGCCGGCUGCACCGUGUGGGAGUUCACUUAGCGACUCAUCUUUCAACCGAUGGCUGCUUUGUCGCCUGACAAGGGAGAGGUGGCACUAUCCGUUCAGAUUAAUUUUUGCUAAUCUCUCCACUCCCUCAUCUGUUGUUUUGUUUUUUUUUUAAGAGAAUGUCUGUCUCUGGGACUCUUGCCAUGCUCACCACUCCCGCUGCAAAGCCAACUUGGACGAGGAAGGGCCCUCCAGGUCACCUCCACACGUGCACCUGGAGCGGCGAGCUAGAGGCCUGUUGGCUUGUGAAAUGAGCCCUCCUGCCACACUGGGCCUCUUCCAGCGGCUCAUCCUUUCGCCGCCCCUCCCCAGAUACAAGGAUCCCCAGCUCACUCCCCGCCACGUCACUCCCUUCGGUUCAGAGGUGAACCGAGUCCAGUAUUAGCUGAAUGUCAUCCUGAUGCCACCACAGCUCCGUUCAGCCCGUGGUGUCUGUGCACUUUGCUCCAGCGCCUUGCAGUGUGGACCUUCCGCAGCGGGACUGACUGGUUGCCCCUUUCUGUUGUUUGCACAUGCCCCUCUUACUGUACUGUAAAUAGAUAUUUUUGAGAUUUAUUUUUAAAUAAAUAUUCAACUUGCUGUGUGUUUCAAAGUGGUUAAAACAUUAACUAUGUAGCUGUUUAUAAAAACGCCCGGGUUCUUUAGUCUUCCAAGGGAGGGCCUCAGGCCCUUCCAUGUGUAUCCUCCACUCACCACAGCCCGAGGGUAGAGCGGAGAGUGUGGGGGCAGAGGAGGAGCAGAGACGAUGCCCUGAGUUGGUGGAGAGCCACUGUCUUCCCUACAAUAAAUUUCUACACCUACCUCCAGUGUGCACCUAGGGGGUUAGUGCGGGCCGUGAGGCCUGUGCGCCUGCAGACUGAUAACCUAGUGACGAUUCAGGAACCUCACCGUGCGGAUCCACAGCCUGGUCUUUGCUACUUGCUGAGUGUGAACCUUGCGCUCCAAACUUCUUCUUGAGUCUCAUUUCAGAAGGAAAGGCAUUUGGGAUUCCCACCACCCCUCCACCUCGGUCCUCUUCUCUUCACCUGUUUCCAGGACUCUGCAGCAUUUGCGAUCCUUUUGCACUAAGAGUGGGCAGGAGUCAGCGUGUGCCCAUCAGACGUGUCUCCUGAGAUCAGCUGAGCCUAAGCUUCCAGACCUGAAGGCCCCUUCAACUCCUCAUGUGAAUUACUGACCCCUGGAUUUUCCUUUUGGGGUGCAGAGCAGGAGUGGGGCAAGAGUUUGAAAAUAAAACCACUUCCUUGUGAACUAAUAUAUUUUAGCCAUAAGUGUUUGUGAUGUAUAGAAUGUCAUAGGAAUUUACAUGCAAUGGGUUUUCCCUGGUAGAAGGAGGUAUUCAGCUCUUGAGCAAAUUUAAAUCUGGCUGAGUCCUGAGGCUACUGAAUUUGCUGAUGUCCUUCCAACUCAGUUGAGUGAUUUUAAGGUUUUCAAAAUCUGUGGCUCUUUUUUUAUAUAUCUAGAUCACAUGUAGAUAUUCAAUGUGUAUAUACAGCUGAAUUUCAACCAACUUUAUUACUAAGAGCAGCCCAUUCUGGGGCAUUCAUCUUUGAUGUUCUUCCUUUUCACAUGUCAGAAGUGUCGAUGGCUGUCCCACUCCCGAGAGCUCUAGUUUUUCUAGUUUUCCAUUUCCAGAUCGUUCCAGCACUACAGUAACUCUUAACCACCUGUGAUGCCACGUGACUUACACAGCAGAGAAAAGCAGGAACCACUCACUUGUGCUGGGAGAGAAAGUCCAGUGUACGUUUCCUCACGGAAGAACUGUGUCCGUGCACUGGAAUGGGAAAUGCUAUGACCGUGCUUCUUGGUGUGUAUCUUACCGUAUGAGGUUGCUGUGAUUGAGAUAAAUAUAUGCUAAUUUAAAAAUGCAGAUGUUUUGCAUUUGAUUUCUACCAAGAGUUGAAAUGUUGAGAGAUGAUUUAAAAGAAAAUAAAGUGUCUUCCAUUGUUAAA